CUAUUAUUGAUACUCCUUUCAUUGCUCUAUUGUUACAUAGUUAUUGGAUUGCUGCUGUCUUAUAUUUCAUUGUAUUUACCUGUGUCAUUGUUGUUUUCUACCUGUCGCAGAAAAAAAUGAAAUCUUAGUCUUACUAUGAUUGUCAAUUGUGGAAGCAAAAUAUAAAUGGCUGGAAAAUGGAACUUUAUAGUAUACCAAUAAAUGGAAGUUUUUUAUUUAUGGUUAUGAAGUAGAUAAACAUUCUCUGUUUACCUGGAAAACUAAUCAAUCAAUUAAGAAUUGACAUCGUUUGUGAAUGAAUUGUUGGAUAUGGGACAUUCAGCUUCAGUUGUUAUUACUAAACCUAACAGUCGAUUCCAAUCACAGUCGGAAAUUGUAUUUGGUAAAGACAAAGCCAGAAUAUCAAAAUUAUGUAAAGAUGGUAAACUUCUAGAAUAUCUGGAUGAAAAUGUCCAAACUCUUUAUGAAGCCUUCAGAAAUGGAGCACAAGUAUCAAGUAACGGUGCUUGCUAUGGAUGGAAGCCAAGUAGUAAAGAACCAUAUAAAUGGAUAUCAUAUAAUGAUGUUUUAAACAGGGCAGCAAGUAUUGGUGCAGGAUUAAUAGUAAAUGACCAGGCAGCUAAAAAUUCUACAAGAAUAGGCUUAUAUUCACAAAACAGAGUUGAGUAUGGUAUUGUGGAACAAGCAUGUUAUACAUAUUCUAUGGCAUUGGUUCCAUUAUAUGACACAUUAGGACCAGAAGCAUGUACAUAUAUCGUCAAUCAAGCCAACAUAAGCCUAGUUAUCUGUGAUACAUGUAAAAAAGUUCAGGAAAUGUUUGAUAAAUAUGAGGAAACACCAAACCUUAAAACAAUUGUAGUGAUGGAAGAACUAUCUCUAGACUUACAGACUAAAGCACAACAAUUAGGGAUCAAACUCCUAUCAUUUAGUGAUUUGGAGGAACAGGGUGAAAAAUCUCCACAAGAACCAAAGCCUGCUAAACCCGAUGAUAUAUGUGUUGUAUGUUAUACAAGUGGAACAACAGGUUUACCUAAAGGAGCAUUGUUAACACAUAAAGGAACCAUUUCUACAGUGUGUUCAGCAUUUGUCACACUUGAAAAUGGUGGUGUAACACUAGGACCAGAAGAUGUUUUAAUAUCAUAUCUACCAUUAGCCCAUUCAUAUGAAAGGUUGUUAGAGGUAACAGUGACAAUGUCUGGUGGAAGAAUAGGAUUUUUCCAAGGUGACGUUAAAUUAUUGAUGGAUGAUAUCAAAGAACUAUCACCAACAUUAUUCCCAUCUGUACCCAGAUUACUCAAUAGAUUCUAUGAUAAGGUUGUAGCAGGUGUGAAUGAAAGUGCAGUUAAAAAAAUGAUGUUUGAUAUGGGCAUGAAAAGUAAACAGAAAGAACUUCAAAAAAAUGUAAUAAGAAAUGACAGUAUUUACGACAAGUUGGUAUUUAAGAAGAUCCAACAAGGUUUAGGAGGAAAAGUUCGGCUUAUUACCACAGGUUCAGCACCUCUAUCAGCAACAGUGUUAGAAUUCCUUAGAUGCUGUGUUGGUUGUCCGAUAAUUGAAGGUUAUGGACAGACAGAAUCUCAUGCUUUAUGUUCCAUGCAGUUUAUAGGAGAUGCAUCAUCAGGUAACGUUGGACCACCUAUUCCCAGUAACCUUAUCAAACUAGAUGAUGUACCAGAUAUGAACUACUUUGCUGACCAGAAUAAAGGAGAGGUAUGCCUACAGGGUCCAAGUGUUUUUGUGGGUUACCUUAAUGAUGAGGUCAAAACAAAAGAAGUUUUAGACAAGGAUGGCUGGUUACAUACAGGAGAUAUUGGAGAAUGGUUACCGAAUGGAACCCUGAAAAUUAUUGACAGAAAGAAACAUAUAUUUAAGUUAGCACAGGGAGAAUAUAUAGCACCAGAGAAGAUAGAAAACAUUUAUGUUAGAUCAACAUUGGUAGCACAAAUAUUUGUCCAUGGUGAUAGCUUGAAGGCAAGUUUAGUAGCAGUUUGUGUACCAGAUCCAGAAGUGUUACCAAGUUACGCAAAGUCAAAUUUUAAUAUAACAGGAUCAAUGGAAGAAUUAGUCAAAAAUCCAGAAAUAAAGAAGGCCAUAUUAGCAGAUCUGACAAAACUAGGAAAGAGCAGUGGCUUACAUUCCUUUGAACAGGUGAGAGAUAUAUAUGUACAUCCAGAAUUGUUUUCUGUGGAGAAUGGACUAUUAACACCAACAUUUAAAACCAAAAGACAGGAUUUGAAAAAGGUUUUCCAACCUCAGAUUGAUGAAAUGUAUACAAAAUUACAAUAAUCUCGUAGUCAAAUUUUUAUCACGUGUUAGAUUGUGUUCACAUGUGGUAUACAAACAAAUAAGUUAAAUUCUUCUGUGUUAAGAUUUGCAAAAGUUGCAUGUAUUCCAUUAUGGUGUAUAAGUAUCUAGUAUUACGAUUUCUUUAUGUCAAUACUUGCAUGAAUAAAAAUCAAAAUAGUACCUACAUCCAUAAUAUAUUAUAAUUUAUGACUCACUAUUGACAUUUGCACAAAACUUAGCUAAACAUUAUUUAUAUUUUUUAACAACUUUCACCUGCUUCAGAAUUUAAUAGAUUUAAUUUUUACAUAUCAGUAGUUUAUUAAUAUUCAUAUGAUACAAGUGUCUUACUGCAGAAUCAAACUGUCACCUUCAUAUUUAUCUCACUUGUAUGUUGAAAGAAAUAAAUAGAAAAAAACAUUGAUGCUGCAAUAAUUUUGGUGUACUUGAUAGAAUCUUUGUUAGAUCUAUCAGCCAGCAACAAUUUUUACAAAAAAAAAUAGAAUUUUGUUGUCUUUAAGCAAGAAUUAAACUUUCACAUUACCUGAUAUGGUUCAUUUGAAGCAUUUUUGGGACACUGUUGUAUUUUAAUUCAGUUUGUUGUGCAAUUAAAAAAGGCAUUUGAAAAAUAUUAUGAUGAGUAUAGUAUUAUAAUGCAUUCAGAUGCUUGCAUAAGAAUUGUCUCAGAAAUGUAAUAUAUGUGUUUGUAAUUUUUUUUUUUUUUUUAAACAUAUGUAUAUGGAGAAAUAUUCAUGAAAGUUUGCUACACCUGUGAUACCCCCGGUAGAUAACAUUUUUAAGAAAAUCAAGUAAUUUUUUUGGAUUAAUUUCUAGUUAGUGACUUACAACUUAGUGACUUAUACAACUAUGUUCUGUGCAACGAAAGAUGGAGGUUGUAAAUUCAACUUAUAAUAUCAUCUACAAUGUUUUAUUAGCAUUAAUUAGUCAUUCCAUAUGUAAAAAUUCUAAACAUUGGCAUCUAUAUAUAAUCAUACAAACAUGCACAUUUCAAGCUGAUUAUUGUAAAAUUUAAUUUUGUAUUUAAAAAUAGUUUUGAAUCAUUUUUUUACCUUUAAAGCAUUAUUUUCGUUUCAAAAGCUUUUAAUAUAUUCUACGGUUUCCCCUAGCAUCUCAUAAAAAAAGAUAAUUUUAAACAUUACUUGGUCUGCUUUUUACUUCAAAAUUUAAACAACUUACAAAUUAAAUGUUUAGUGUCCAUACAACUUUGACUGUUAUGAAUGUUUUCAGAUGAGAGGUAAAAAUUCUGUUUUAAAAUACAUGUAAUGUUUGGGAAUUCUAACAUCUUAUGAAUGCUAAUGAUCUAAGUGACAAUAGGAAGGGAAAUGUCAUGAAAAAGAUGGUUACACAGAUAGUUUCCAAUGUAAUACUUUUUGUAAAAUGGCAGUGUGAACAUUUAAAAACUAACAUUUAAAAAAAGGGUCUGUUAAAUUAUUUGAGACCAAAAAAUCCUUGAUAUUUGUUGUGAUAAGCAUCAUUGUAAGUAAUACUCUGUUUUGUACUAUAUACAAUACUAAUCUGAAAAGUUUGCUCUACAAGGGAGUUUUUUUUUCUAGGGAGCUAUGGAGAAAAUUUUCUCUAAGUGGGUAAGGGACAUAAAUUAAUGUAUAUUUCUUGUUAUUUUUAUUAUUUUUAUUAAUUUAACUAUUCAUUAAAUGGAGACAUCAAUUGUUGUGAUGUUACAAAUUUUAAUGUAAAAUCCUAAAAGUGCUAUAACUUAUUAUUGCAUCAUUAUGUUUUGGUUGGCAUCUUUUGUCUAGAAAAUCCCUGGCAUUUGUUUUUGUAAAAUGCUUAAACAUGUUUGUUUUGGUUUUCAUUAAAAUUCAAUUUGUUAA